AUGUCCUUCUUUAAACUACUAUACGUAGGUGUCGCCUUCGCAGUACCGUGGGUGCUGGCCCAAAAAGACAACCUUGGACUUGACAAUGGCUACAUCGACAUUGAGACCAAUAACUUUAAAGCCCGCAUCAUUCGCGACGCUCAAGUCCUGGUAUCAUUGAUCUCAGAACACGACACCUUUGACUUUUUGCCAUCCGAUCGAAUUGAUGUUCGCGCCCAGAAUGGGCAGUAUCACUGGGGUGACAUCACGUAUAGAUAUCGCAAACAAGGCGUCUCAGCAUGGACUGACGGCGAUUCUGCUCAAGAGCGACAGCCUGUGAAGAACAUCAGCUCUGGAACUGCUCUUGCAACCUCAGAUCUUGGUCCGACACUGCCCGAUAGCCCUCUCAACAUCACUCGCGAAUGGCUUGAUUAUCAAGAUGACUUGGGUCUGCGCUUCACCAUCACUAACAAUGGCAAUGACACUAUUGAGCUCGGCAGCCUGGGGUUCCCAACUGAGUUCAACAGUAUCUUCACCGGCAGGACAGCCAAAGAGAUGCAAGCUAAAUGCUCUCUCGCAGAUCCCUACAUCGGCAUGGAUGCAGGCCACAUCCGUGUCGCCCCAGUCAAAGGCACUGGCAAUGGCCUCGUCGUCACGCCGUUGAACGGAACAAACACACCAAUGGAGGCUUAUCGGGAUCUGAAAGAACCUUGGUUUGAGUCAAUCGGUUAUGCAAGCCAGACCUUCGAAGGGUUCUACGAGUGGCAGGUUCUCACUAAGGCGUGGGCAGACAAUGAAUGGAAGAGCCAAGAGCCCUGGAACGCACCGACGUCCAAGAUGUUGAAGCCUGGCGAGUCUCUCAAGUUCGGUGUCCGGUUCACGAUAUCCGAAUCUAUUCGCGACUUUGACAACGCCAUCAAAGACACUGGAACACCUGUUGUCGUCGGUGUCCCUGGAUACACUAUCCCGCGGGACCUACCUGCCUCACUCUACCCUCUUAGCGAUAUUGGAAUCGCUUCAUUCGAUGUCUCGCCGAAAGGCGCAUUUGAGAUCCAGGAAGCUGGGGAGCAUUAUGAGCUAAUCCCCUCAUCAUCUGCUUGGGGACGAGUUCGUGUCAGCAUCAAGUACAAUGAUGGCAAGGUGCAAACUGUCCACUAUUUCGUUACGAAACCGACAUCAGAGACCCUAAAUGACCUCGGGAACUUCUUGACUACAGAGGCUUGGUUCAACUCUUCAUCAGACCCUUUCAAGAGAUCUCCAUCGGUCAUGACCUACGACUAUGAGAAGCGCAAAAUCGUCGAACAGGAUCCACGGGUCUGGAUUGCAGGCCUCAGUGAUGAAGGUGGCACAGGUGCUUAUGUCGCAGCUAUGAUCAAGCAGGUGGUUCAGCCAAAUGCUGAAGAGAUAGCCAAGCUGGACAAGUUUGUUCAAACCACGAUUUGGGGUGGAAUCCAAGGGAAAAACUACGGAGUGUACAAGUCACUUUUUUAUUAUGACUCUAAACUAAACUACACUUAUGACGCGGAUAGUGACUGGACUUCCUGGACGUCAUGGGAUAAGGGAGCUGCGGAGAGUGUCGAUCGUGCAUACAAUUAUGUUCACGUCGUGGUCGCUUACUGGUCCAUGUAUCGUGUCGCACGAGCAUAUCCCGAGCUAACAACCAAAGCUUGGAACUGGUACUUGGAUCAGGCUCAAAAGACCAUUAUGCGAGUGUACCAGCAAGACGUGUCAUACAGAGACGUUGGUCUGAUGGGCGAGACGGUUUUUGGAGAAGUUUUGACGGACCUGAGGCGCGAGGUCAAGGGCACUCCAGCACAAGCUGUCGAGGACGCAAUGAAGGAGCGUGCUGUGCUCUGGGAUGCGCAAGAUAUCCCUUAUGGAAGCGAGAUGGCGUGGGACUCCACGGGCCAAGAAGGCGUUUACUACUGGACAAGACACUUUGGCUUCAACGAGUCGGCUCAAAAGACAGUCAACAGUGUAUUGGGCUACACGCCUAACAUACCUCACUGGGGCUGGAACGGUAAUGCCCGUCGAUACUGGGACUUCAUUUAUGGAGGAAAGCUCCAGCGCAUCGAGAGACAGAUCCACCACUACGGCUCGGGUCUGAACUCUCAGGUCCUGCUCUCAGCAUUUCGUCAUAACCCCUCUGAUCCUUAUCUUCUCCGCGUUGGAUACGCCGGAUCAUAUGCGCCGCUCACCAACAUCAAUCAAGAUGGCUUUCCCAGUGCUGCGUUCCACUCACGACCAGAUACUCUCAAGUGGGAUGGUAUCACCGGUGAUUAUGGCGGUGGCCUCAUUGGUACAGUACUGAACUCUGGCACAUACGUCGUUGAUGACAAACAGCUUGGUAUGCUUGCCUUUGGGGGUACAAUCUUCAAGACUAGAUCACAGUAUCAUGUUGAACCGAAGGAUGCUGUAAGAAAGAGGAUAUUCAUUGGGCCUCUCAACGUUAUGGUUACUGUUGAUAUGGGAUCCAUCAUUAGCGUUACAUUCACCCCAGGGAAGGGUAUUGUCUACGUUAAGCUGGCACAGCGGGAAGGGUCCCCCAAGGUAGACAGAACCGUGGUAUGGGUUGAAUGGACGGAUGGAGAGGAAUGGGAACUCCUCGGGGCCUGGAAUUUCAUCGACAAGGCUGCUGCCAUUGAGAAGGGGCGAGGAGGAUGGAUCGUGCCGCUCGAUCACUUAGUGACCCUAACCUUUACCAACAAACUGCCACUGCCACUGCCGGGAACCGUUUGA